CCGCCCGGCCCCUCUCCCGCCGGCCGAGCCCCGGAGCGCCGCCGCCGCCGGGGUGUGAGCGGGGCCCGGCGCCGUGCCGGGCCGUCCCUCGCCGGCGGGGCCAUGGCCGCGAGCGCCAAGCGGAAGCAGGAGGAGAAGCACCUGAAGCUGCUGCGGGAGAUGAGCAGCCUCCCGCCCAACCGCAAGUGCUUCGACUGCGACCAGCGGGGCCCCACCUACACCGACAUGACCGUGGGCAGCUUCGUGUGCACCUCCUGCUCCGGCAUCCUGCGGGGCUUGAAUCCACCCCACAGAGUGAAGUCGAUUUCAAUGACUACAUUCACACAACAGGAAAUAGAAUUUCUGCAGAAACAUGGAAAUGAAGUGUGCAAACAGAUUUGGCUAGGCCUAUUUGAUGAUAGAUCAUCAGCAAUUCCAGACUUCAGGGAUCCACAGAAAGUAAAGGAAUUUCUACAGGAAAAAUAUGAAAAGAAAAGAUGGUAUGUUCCUCCAGAGCAAGCAAAGGUGGUGGCAUCAGUCCAUGCAUCCAUAUCGGGGUCUUCUGCCAGUAGUACAAGCAGCACACCUGAGGUGAAGCCACUGAAAUCUCUCUUGGGAGAAGCUGCACCCGCACUGCACUUAAAUAAGGGCACACCUAGCCAAUCUCCUGUUGUAGUUCGAUCUCAAGGACAGCAGCAACAAGAAAAGAAACAAUUUGACCUCCUCAGUGACCUUGGCUCAGAUAUCUUUGCUGCUGCUCCUCCUCAGUCCACUGCUACAGCGAAUUUUGCUAAUUUUGCACACUUCAACAGUCAUACAGCGCAGAACUCUGCCAAUGCAGGUUUUGCAAACUUUGAUGCAUUUGGACAGUCUAGUGGCUCGAGUAAUUUUGGAGGUUUCCCCACAGCAAGUCAGUCUCCUUUUCAGCCCCAAAAUACAGCGUUCAGAACGCUUUCAUCUAGCUGCAGUUUUGGUGAAUUUACUUCAGCUUUUCCUCUCCAGGCUGUACACAGUGGAAGUGCUGGAUCAGUGAAUGCUAAUUUUGCUCACUUUGAUAACUUCCCCAAAUCCUCCAGUGCUGAUUUUGGAUCCUUCAAUGCUUCUCAGAGCAACGCCACAGCAACUGCAGCCAGUAAAGCUGCAGUGAAUAAACUGAAUCUUCAGUCAGCUGACAAAUAUGCAGCUCUUGCUAAUUUAGAUAAUAUCUUCAGUGCAGGGCAAGGUGUGAGUGAGCAGGGAGGUGGCUUCAGCACAGCAGUGUCCUCAGCAGGCCCUGCACUGUCAGCCCCCAGCCAGUCAAGUGCAUCUUCAGACAAGUACGCGGCGCUGGCGGAGCUGGACAGCGUGUUCAGCUCCACGGCCACCUCCAGCAGCGCGUACACUGCCACCAGUAACGUCAGCAGCAAUGCUUUUGGAACAGUACCUGUGGCUGCUACUGCACAGACACAGCCUGCAUCUUCAAGUGUGCCUGCUCCAUUUGGAGCAACACCUUCCACAAAUCCAUUUGUAGCUGCCCCUGUUGCCCCAGUGGCACCUUCAACAAAUCCAUUCCAGACCAAUAGCCGAGGAGCAACAGCAGCAACAUUUGGUACUGCAUCCAUGAGCAUGCCGGCAGGAUUUGGAACUCCUGCCUCCUACAGUCUUCCUACUAGUUAUAGUGGCAACUUCCAGCAGCCCACGUUCCCAGCCCAGGCAGCUUUCCCUCAACAGACUGCUUUUGCUCAGCAGCCAAAUGGAGCAGGUUUUGCUACAUUUGGGCAAGCAAAGCCUGUAGUAACUCCUUUUGGACAAGUUGCAGCUGUUGGAGUAUCUAGUAACCCUUUUAUGGCUGGUGCACCAACAGGACAAUUUCCAACAGGAAGCUCAUCAACCAAUCCUUUCUUAUAGCCUUAUAGACACUUUACCCAAAAGAACUCUUAUGUGGUCACAUAACAUCUCUGCGCCUCUUGCACUGUUGUCUUGUUUCACUGAUAUUAGCUUUAAACACAAAAGAAGUCUUUAAGAAGUAAAAAUAAAAGCCUGCAUUGUGUACCUUUAAAAAAUUUCCAAAAGGAAAAAAAAACCACCUGACACAAAGAACAAGAAAACCAACCCCCCACCAGGUAAUAACGUGCAAAACAGAGGGCUGUGGUAACAUCCUUGAACCUGUGAAGUGACAGGUAAAACGUAGCGGUAUCAUGUGUAUUAAAAUUGGCUAAUAAGUUAUUGCAGAUACCACACUCAUUAUGCUGCAGUACUGUACAUAUUUUUCUUAGAAAAUAGCUAUUUGUGCAUAUCAGUAUUUGUAACUUUAACACAUUGUUGUGUGAAAAAUGUUACUGGGGAAUAGAUCAGCCACUUUAAGGUGCUGUUGUAUCUCUUGGAAUGAAUGAGCUGCAUCAUUUUAACCAUUGGUAUUAGAAGUCAUGAAGUUAAAUUGAAGGUUUGUUCAUUUCUCAAAAUGUUUUCCUUUCCUAAGAGCUCUUCUAUUUAUACAUGCCUAAAUCUCUAACAUUAGAGGGAUACCUGUCUGCAUAAUAAAGCUGAUCAUGUUUUGCUACAGUUUGCAGGUGAAAAAAUAAAUAUUAGAAAAAAAAAUGUGUAGCAUUAUUUCUGUGCAGUAACAUUUACUGGAAGAAAAUGUACACGCUGUGUCUUGUACACAGAUGAGGUGUCCAAAGCAAAGUGUUUA